AUGGCGAAGAAGGCUGUACCCAAGCAGAGCUCCAUCAUGUCGUUCUUUGGCGCAGGUGCAUCGCCGCCGGCCAAGAAGCGAAAACCUGCAGAAGACGAUGCCGAGAAACCCGCCGCAUCUCCUGUAAAGCCGAUGAAGAAGGCAAAAGUGGAGAAGAAACAAGUACAAGAAGAAGAAGAAGUUGAAGAAGAAGAGAAGGAUGAGCAGGUGGAGGAAGAGCCGGAGGACGUCGAGAUGCAAGAAGAGGCGACGUCUGUGGAUGUUGAAGAGCAAGACGAGGAGGACGAAGACGUUAAGAGCAAGACCAAGCCUGGUCGGCGUCGUUUGCGUCAACGCGUCGUGGACGAAGAGGACGAGGACAGCGACUUGGAUCUGGCCAUGACGACAGACAAGAAAGAUGCAAAGCAGGAGGUGAUCGACAUGACGUCGCCGACGUCGACACCGCAGAACGUCAAGAAGCAAGUGGCAAAGAAAGUCGUGACCCCUCUGAAGGCGGUCAAGAGUCCCAAGAAGGAGGCAAAAAAGAGUCCUACAAAGGAAGUGAGUGAAGAAGUCGAAGCUCGUGAAGAAGAUGAAGAGCUUCAGCCGAAGAAAGAGGCCAAAAAGACUGAGAAGAAGAAGAAAUCUGCUGCAUCCAAGACGAGUUUCUUCACUGCCGCCUCCAGCACGGCCACGUCGACUUCAUCUGAUGGCAAGAAAGACGCCAAGGUCAAGAGCGAGUCAGCUACAAGCGACAAACAGACAGAAGACACCGACGAGCCUCGAGAGACGCCGUACUUUGAGCUAGCGCACUUGUUCUCCAAGAUCGAACAAGUCACGGGUCGUCUCGUCAUCCAGGACCUGCUCACAGCCUUCUUCCGCGGCGUCAUCCGUCGCUCUCCCGAUGAUCUACUCGCCUGUAUCUACCUCUGCGUCUGUGUGGACCUGGCGCCUCCGUUCGAGAACUUGAAGAUCGGCAUUGGUGACGCCAUCCUCAUGAAAGCCAUCGGAGAAGCCACGGGCGCGAACCUCAAGUUUAUUAAGGAGAUGUAUCACAAGGAAGGAGACCUCGGGAAGGUGGCGCAGAAUGCGCGAUCCAAGCAGAAGACGCUGUCGUUCGCGUCGCUUAAACCCGCGACGGCCAAGGGCAGCGGACUCACCGUGCAGCAUGUGUACAGUCAGUUUGUCAAGAUCGCCAAGAUGACUGGGAACAACUCGCAGCAGCAGAAGUGCUCCAUUAUCAAGGGAUUACUGGUCAAGUGCGAGAAGGAGAAGAAGGACAAGGGCGCGCAGACAGCUGCCGAGGGUGCCAAGUAUAUUAUUCGAGGCCUUCAGGGCAAACUUCGCAUUGGAUUGGCUGAAAAGUCGAUUCUGAUGGGGCUGACGUACGCGUUCAUGACUGACAAAGAGUACAAGGACAAGGACAAGCAGCAAGAGGCGCUUGCCUUCGUCAAGAAGGCCUUUGCCGAGUGUCCCAGCUACGACGCGUUGGUUGCUGCCUUUUACGAGGUCCAGAAGGAGGUUAAGAGCGCCCCGUUCCUCCGCGUCAAGGAGUUUGCCAAGGUGGCGGACAGGUGCGUGCUGACGCCGGGAACUCCAGUGUCGCCAAUGCUGGCGCGUCCGACGAAGGCGUACGCGAUGGUGUUCGAUCGCUUCGAAGGCAAACCGUUCACGUGCGAGUACAAAUACGACGGCGAACGCGCGCAGAUCCACAUCCUGCCGAACGGAGAAAUUGCCAUUUUCUCACGCAACUUUGAGAACUCGACCGAGCGCUUCCCCGACGUCAAACUGGCGAUCACGAACGCAGCGAAGGAGGGCGUGGUGGACAGCUGCAUCGUUGACGCCGAGGUGGUCGCUGUGGAUCGAGCUACUAACAAGCGUCUGCCGUUCCAGAUCCUGAGCACACGCUCGCGAAAGAACGUGAAAGUGGAGGAUAUCAAGAUCCCUGUGUGCAUCUACGCGUUCGACUUGCUGUUUCUGAAUGGCGAGUCGUUCCUCGGAGUCCCGCUGGCCAGACGUCGUGAAAAAUUGCGCGAGAUGUUCGACGUGAAGCCCGGCAACUUUGAAUUUGCCACUUCAUUGGACGUUGAGGACGGCGUCGACGUCAAGGACAACCCAGAGGCGAUGGAAGAAGCGGUGGACAAAGUCCGCAACUUCCUCGAGGAGGCAGUGCGUGAAAACUGCGAAGGUUUGAUGGUGAAGACGCUGGAGAAGGAGGCGACGUACGAGCCAGCUAACCGCUCGCACAAGUGGCUGAAGCUUAAGAAGGAUUAUCUGGACGGUAUCGGCGACUCGGCUGACUUGGUUCCGAUUGGAGCGUUCUAUGGUCGUGGCAAGCGCACGGGCGUGUACGGCGCGUACUUGUUGGCCUGUUAUGACCCCGAUACGGAGAUGUUUCAACCGAUUACCAAGCUGGGCACUGGGCUGUCGGAUGAAGUGCUGAAGCAGUUUUACACGCAGCUCAAGGAGAAGGUCGUGGAUAAACCUCCUAGUGACUAUGCGAUCGGCGAAGGGAUCAAACCUGACGUUUGGUUCGAGGCGAGUUGUGUGUGGGAGAUUCUAGGUGCUGAUCUGUCCAUCUCGCCCAAGUACACGGCAGCGAUAGGUCUGGUGGCCAAGGAUAGAGGCAUCUCUCUGCGUUUCCCUCGCUUUAUUCGCAUCCGAGACGACAAGGACACGACGCAGGCGACCAACUCUUCGCAGAUUGCCGAUCUGUACCGAGCCCAGGGUCUCACAACUUUGACUAAUGGUAUGGCCGACCGAAGUACAAUGUGGGGUGGGCCAAUGCGUCGAACCUCGGAGCUCAGUGGACGUCGACAUCACGACCAGCAGCGUCUGCUAGUGGAGCUGGAGCUGGACGACUCGCUUCGGUCAGGUAUGGAGCACCGCGACAACAGGCGACCGAGCUCUGCUGGAGCCAUCCGCCACAGUCGACACGUCCAUCCUAGGUACGACCACCACAAUAUCGCUGAAGCAAGGCCACGCUUGCAGUCGAGGACUCCUACCGAGCGUCAGAUGCAGCAAGCUCAUGCCAAACGCCUUUCCAGUCCACACAAGCUCAAGAAACAGGUGCUUGGCUCUCGACACACUUCGACUGCUCUCCACGCGUCACAGCGCGUGACGCGUUCGUCCUCGCUAGACAAAUCGCCGGCUCAACUUGUGGUCGAGUCGGUCCAACAGAACAUCCACCUGCGCGACCAAGUGAUGGCGCAUUUACAGCAAGAACUGAUGGGCGUGUUGCCUUUGCAUCGCGCGUCUCAUGUGGAGAAGAACGUGCCGCAACGAGUGGUCAAGCUGCUCAACAGGAUGCGCAGUCUGUCGCUCGCAGUGGUGGAAGCUGUCGUGUAUCUGAGCAGCGAACUUGGAGCGUCAAGUAUGAUUACCAGGAGCUACGAGCACGAGAUUCUGGAGCAGGAUUUCUACAGAUACUUGCUGCAGAUGGCGUCGUCCGACACGGAGUUUCUAGCGUGUUCUCCGCAGCUCCAUCGUUUUUUUGAAGACUUUGACGUCAGCUUGGCGAGAAACCCUUUCGUGGAUGGAUUAUCUCUGGAUUCCUCGGAGGUUUUGCUCUGUGCCUGUCAUCAAAGUGCUACGUCCAGUGGGUUAUUCUGCUCUGCGUCGUCGUCGUCGUCGUCGCUGCUGAAAUUAUUGACGCAAAGGCUCGAAACCUUCGCGCUCCAGACUCAACGAUAUCUUCCCGGCUGGCAGGUGUUACCGGCAGCGCGUGUGGCGGCGGCAUUACUGCAUCUCAUGGAUCUGGAGACCCGUUCGAAUGCUGUUCAGAUGCUUCCGAGGUAUCUGCAGUCGCACAGUGGCUACAGAACGCAUAUUCACAGACCUGAUGAGACUUCUCAUGACUACGGUACGUUUGGGCAUGACAGGAUACAGCGGCUGGAUAGACAGGACUCGCAAGCGUAUUUUAGAGAUGACGAAUCACUUCAGAGUGACGGAUCUGUGCUGGAAGCGUGGACUGGCUCGCCACCAGCGAAAGCUUCGGAUGGAAGGACUUUGCACAAGGCAAGAGCGUCCAGUCUUGCUGAUGAGCCUCAAGAGAAGAAUACCAGCAAAGUACCGACGCCAUCUUCGGCGUGGACGGAGCUGCCAAGUCCUAAAGACCAGAACUCUGUGAGAUCAGAUGCAUCAAGGAACUCGACGACUGAGACUGAUGCCAAUGUGGCAAGUACGCGACUGAUCCCGCUGUUGAACACCGCUGCAAUUGCAAAGUCGUCGAGUUCGUUGGAUAAAUCUGGAUCCCAAAAGAAAAGCAGAACUGCUAAGGCGACUUUCGCUGAUGCCGGAGUCCAAAUGAGUCAAUUAAACACCCCGAUAGUGGCAACGACGCAAACAACCAGCAGGAGUUCGUCCGGACGGUCACUUCAAGAUGAAGAAGGUAGGGAGUCUUCGGUCUCAGUCAUUGACGUGGACGUUGUACCAGCGUUAAAUGGCGAGAACUUAAAUCCCGUCACGGAGCCGUCGGUCCUACCACGCGAUACGGUCGAAGAGAGGCUGAAUCGCUUAGUUAACGCUAUAGAAACGGCAGUCCCUGACGAGUGCGAGGCAGAGGACAUCCGUGAAGCCGAACCAAGCGACGAUAACGCGUACGAGUGCGACUUUGAGUACUCGUCCGACUCUGCGUUGUCCAGUAUCGCGAUGGCGUUGCAGAUGCUGCCAGACUUCUCGCUUUCGUCUACUGAAUCCCCGCGUGCCGAUGAAGUUUCAACCUUAGCAGAAACAGUACCGCUUAUUGAACCGCAAGGCUCCGCUAUCGUGUUACUCCCGAACACGACAGCGUCAAAUGACUACACAACGCCUACGUCUACACUGCUCGAGCUUGGUAUCUGUGUGGAAUCUAGUCGAACUGGACGUGAAAGUGUCGACCAGAAAGUACAGACGCCCACAACACAAGACGAUGAGUACGCGUACUCAUCAAGCACCGCUAUCUCGAGUAUUGCGAUGGCUUUGAGUCUACUGCCUGGUGUCUCGAGAGGUGACAUUUUCUCUGCUCCUGACGUUCAAGUAGAUGCAGACUCUCUCAAUACCGACCGCUCUCUCGUAUCUCAAGUGGAAGGAUGUUCAGUCGAAGCGGACGAAGGCUUAAUGGGCGAGAUCUCUGCUAUCUCAGCUCAUAGCAACGUCUCUGUGGAGCUGAUCACCCAGCCGAUUCAUCUGCUGCCUUUGGCCCCCCGUGGCUUUGACCUGACAAGUGAGAGAACGGCGAAUUCGUCUUCUGUAUCUUCUCGAAGCAUGUUGUCGAACUUGCCACCGUCAGCAGCAGCAAAUCUCAAAGCUGACGUUAAAGAGGAAGGCUCCGAGUUGAACCGCAUCUUCUCGCUCUGUCGCGACAUCCAAGUGGCGGCAUUCGACAUGAGUCAUUGGGUAUCGCAACGAGAAGUGGAGGAAUAUAUCCAGUCAGCUGCUCAGCCAUUCUCUUGUCUUUUGGGCUACGCAUCGCCCACUGUCCAAAGCGUGUCCAAAGCGGACAACGCUCCUAAAUACUUGGAACGCGAGCUAAAGAUGCUGAAAAGGAACAUCGCAUCGUGGAAACGUUGGGUGGUUGGUCACAAACGAGCUAAAGUGGUGGUGCGUAGACUGGUGGCACGACGGAAAAUCCGAAUGUUUGUGCUUGACCAUCAUCGAAGACGUAAACAAGCUCGUUCCUACGAAGAGAAUCGUCGUCGGCUCCUCGCAGCAACGCGAAUUCAGCGAAACUGGAGAAUAUUCCGCCACUAUAUGACCGUAGCGCAGCGACAAGCUGACUUUCGCGCUGUUCACAUGACAUUUCAUCGCGCGCGGUUCUUCGUGGGGAUCUCAAGACGACGACGUCGACGCGAAGAUGCAAAGGAGAGAAUCGUGCGGUGGUGGAGACGUCAGCGUCUCCUUAUCAAGAAGAAGGAACAGCGAUACGAGAGAAUCGCUCGAGAGCGAGAGCGACGAACGAGGGCGUUCAGGGAUAUUCAGAAGUUCUUGAAGGAAAUUCUACUGCGUCGCAAGCUGAAGGCGACUCAGGAGAUGACCAAGAAGAUUCUGUUCAAGGAGCAGCUCAAGUGGACGAAGGCGAGGCGAGAUAUGGAGCGUACUAUGAAGCUUGAUUCCAAGCAUCGGAUCGAACUGAUCGCCGAUAUGAACGCGAGGUUCGCAGACCUCGAUCGCAAGUGGAAAGCUUCCGAGUAUGAGCGACUACUGCUGCUAACGCACCACGAGCGCGUGGUGCAGCAGCAACAGCAAGCUGUUGAGGUACGAAAGAGACGCCUCGCAGCACUGAAGAUCCAGAUGUUCUUCCGUCUCUGUCUUCUGCACGAGAAGCUGCAACGAGUUGAAAUGGAGAAGAGAAGCUACAACUUUAAGUUUAAAGAACAGGUACUCACCAAGGAGAAGCUGGACGUUGACAGUCGACAGCGUAUCGGUAAGACUCGUACUCAAGUGCGAGUACUGGAGCGCAAACUUGACCGGAUGUCACGAGAAGCGACUCACACGGACGCUCAGCAUCGUCAAAUGCUGCAAGCGCAUCAAGAGCGCGAACGGAUUUCUCAAGAACGCGUCGCGAGACAGAAGAUCAAGGCGUUUAUGGACGCGCGGACGCUCUGUAGACGAGCAGAACGUGAGCGACGAAGACUUUUGCUGCAUCAAACACAGCUACAAGCCGAGAAGACGGAGAGUGAGUUCAUGUCCAGUGAAGAUCAGCUGGAGCAGCGUCGAACUGCUGUCUCCAUUGCCUGUGAUCUUCAGCAGCGCUUAUCGGAGAUGGAAACGCGUUCAGAGGCUCUGCAGGCUGCUAGGAAUCUGUUGGCAGUAGAGAAGGAGGAGCAAGCGCGGCAAGCUGCACUGGUCUUAGAGCAGAGCAGAGUCCAAGCGAGUAUGCACCUGAUAGCGUCCUGGGUAUCCGGACGAGUACAGCUCUCUAAAGUUCAUAAGGAGCAGGCUGCUAUCAGAGCACUGGCAGCGCACGACUUGGAGCAGGAGAAGCGACACCAACGCCACAUGAUCGAAGCAAAGAACAGCGAGAUCUCCUCGAUCAAGGCGACGAACUUGCUGCACCAACGCAUCAGCCAGCAGCGCAACCACAAAACAGUGGAACUGAUUCAAAUCCAGCACAAGCAGAAGGCAGCACUGGACAAGUCGAUCGCUGAACGUACGCGAGCUCAGCUGGUGCAGAUUAUUAUCCAGCUGAAGCUUCUGACUGAACGAGAGAGUGACAGAGGCAUCAGCCUAGGCUUAGCCAGUGUGGCGCAGCUCUGCAAGACGCAGGUGCACACAUUCGCGAGGUUGAAACACUUGCGGAACAUGAAUUAUGCUCGGAGAAUUCAACGCGUUUGGCGACGAUAUAUGGGAAUUAAACGUGCGCAACAACUAGCACUGACUCAACUAGAAGCCAAGUGCCAAGCAGUGGCUCGAAGGAUUCAGGUGUGGUGGAGAGACUGGCUUGAAGCACAGCGAAGACGAGAAGAGCAGCGCUUGGAGUCGAUUCGAGCUCGCGUCAAUGCUCGAAAAAUUCAAAGAGUGUGGAGGCGAUGGGUCCAACGUGAGCGAGAGCGAAGACAGGAACAGCAAGUAGCGUUUAACGCACAUCUGGAAGUGAUUCGAACUCGAGCCAAUGCACGCAGAAUUCAGAGCGUGUGGAGACGUUGGGUGAAGCGUGAGCAAGAGCGAAGGUUGUUGUUCUCACAGCACGUCGAAGCGAUACGUCGAAGAGCUAGCGCUCGUAAGAUUCAAGCGGAAUGGAGACGAUGGAUUCAAGGCGAACGAGCGCGAAGACACGUGCAGCGAUUGGCGUUUGAAGCGCAGCUGAAAGUCUGUCGAAUUCGAGCUAACGCGCGUAAGAUCCAGCGAGUUUGGAGACGGUGGGUACUCGAGAAGAAGCUGCGAGCACGACGACGUGCUCAUCGCGCUGUACUCUCAAGUACUGUUCGUAUUCAGAGAUGGUGGAGAACGUGGCGAAAGACGCAGCGAGUGAAGGCGACACGGACGCGUAUCCUGCACAAUGCGUGUGCUCAAGUGAUCCAAAAGAAGUGGAGGGAGUGGCAACGACGGCGAAAUGCCAAGCGAGCACGACAACGACUUCGAAUCCAGCGAGAAUGCUGCGCUAAAAGGCUGCAGAAAUGCUGGCGAAGCUGGCGAGACUGGAGCUGUAGACGAGAGGAGAGCGCUAAGAGGAUCCAGACACGAUGGAACAAGUGGCAUAAGGAGAAGCAGAAUGCUGAACGUAAACGGAAGGAGCAAACGGUGGCAGCUACUCGGAUACAGCGAAGAUGGCGUCGACGGUUGUGUAGACGGCAGUACGAGAAGGAGAAAGCACGAAAGCAGAAGCAAAAGCGUGAAACUUGUGCUGUCAAGCGGAUCCAACGAGUCUGGAGAUGCUGGCGUAAGCGAUCAGUAGAGAAGGCGGAGCGAGAACAACAAGAAAAAGAAGAACGCGCAGUGGCUGCUAGAAUUCAGCACAACUGGACAGCAAAACUAUCGCGUCGAAACAAGCAGGAGGCUGAGCGUAAACGGCACAUCGGAGCUCAGCGCAUUCAGGGGAACUGGCGUCGAUGGCGUCGUCAGCAAGAAGUGAAGCGAGCUAGGAAACGAGAGGUGGAAAGCCAGCGUGUCAGCGCGAUACUUUUUCAACGGACAUGGAAGAAAUGGCACGAGCAAAGACGCCAGAUUUGUGCUGUCUUGGCCAUUCAAAAGCAGUGGAGAGCGCAUCAUGCUGCAGUUCAGAGCCACAGUGAAGUGGAGAGAACCCAACAGGAAGACGAACGAUUUCAACAGGUGGAACAGAUACGCAACGCUAGCUCGUUGACCAUCCAGCGGACUUGGGGACUUCGACAGCAUCGACGUAAGAUGGAGCGACAGCGUGUUCAGCACGAGCAGCACAUGGCUGCGCUUAAAAUCCAGACGCUGUGGCUCAAGUGGCACCACGAACAAGAGGAAGAACUGGAGCGCGAACGCAUUCGACAGGAGCAAGACGAGAGCUCUCUGAAGAUCCAACGGAGCUUGGGGAUCUCGCAUCGGCGACGGAAAGUGAUCGAGAUGCGUCUUCGACACAAGCAGAAUUUAAACGCGUUGAAGAUCCAAAAGCACUGGAGACGAUGGCGGUAUCUGCGUCUUGAGCAGCGAACGAAAGGUGGAGACGCUGGACUCCAGAAACGUAAACGCAGUAGUGCGACGACGGCCUUCAACCAAGCUGGAUAUGAGCUAGAGCGGCAGCAGAAACUCGAGACGAUCACCGAGAGAUCGUAUGGACAGUGCAUCGCACGUGCAGUCAAGAGAUACCAUCAGAGUCGACGACAGGCGAGAGCUGCGACGAAAAUUGAGGCGGUCUGGAAAGGCUGGCUGUACCGGGGUCUGUACCUGCAAGCAGUGGAGGCGAAACACGCCGAGGACGUGCGUCAAUACCAACUCCUGAUCUCAGUGCUCGCAACCAAAGUGCAAGUGUGCCGGCGACAGUGGAACGUUGGUAUUCGACAAGCGAAGCGCGCAGCUGCGAAGAGCGAGGAACUGCGUUUAAUCCAACAAGCCAAAGCGCUCGAACGGAAGCUGAUAGCGGCUAAGCGCACGUUGGCAGCGAAACGCAUACAACGAGCAUUGGUUUCUCGACGGAGACUAAUUGCGACGACCGGGGUGUCCCACAGAGCGGUCGUGGAGAGGGAGAACGAGGUUGAACUCGAGACAGCGAUUGACAGAGUAGAGGAACGAGACGCAGCAGUCCAGUCUCUCAUUGAAGAGCAUACGCCGACGUCGAUCGAGUCGCAGGAACGGAAUUUGCAAGAACUGUCGAUAGGAGAGGAACUGGAGAUAGUAGAGCCAACGGAGAAGCCAACAGAUGUGUCUCGUGAUGAAGAAGCUCAAGUGGAUGUGGUGCAUAGUGCUGUGGAGUCGACUGUCGUUGACUGGAGCCACCGACAGCUUCCUCACAUUUUAUCACGCAGUGUGAACCAGGUUUUGUUCUGCCAUGAAGCAGCCACGGUACUGCAAAAGUGUGUGCGAGGACACCAGCGACGGCAGCAGAUGCACUUUCACUUCCAGCAUUCGUUUACCACUUCAGGUGGGGCGGCCAACCACGAACACUUUCACUUCUACUUCUGGAGAGCCCGUGCCUGGUUGGAUUGGAACGUAGCCAAGUCCUCAACAGCCGAGACCAACCCGAACGUCUCCAUCCUACGUCUUCGCUUCGACGAGCUCCUGACGCGUAACUUGUUGCAAUUAUUCGAGCCAAGUAACGAAUAUUUGACGUCAGAGAUUCAGCAAGUCCUGCAUGAACUCGCGAGCGAUGCCUGGCACGUUGUCCAGUCUCCAGUCUGCAUGGAACACAAUACUAACCCGAGGCCUGAACUGCGCUAUCACGACGUCGGAGAACUGGAGUUACCUCUAUCUAUCAAGCUGAUGCAACACAUGGAGCAGCAACAUGCUCAAACCGGACGUCAGCAGCUCUUAAAAGUCGAUACAAGUGUCCAAGAACGUCCAGUCACUUCGCCGCGCGCACAGAACGCAGGAACCAUCUUCACAGCGGUAGAGGCCGCAUCAUUGGAAGCCGCGACGUUUCUUCAGCAACAAGGAGCAGAUCUCGGAGCUCUCGACCCAAAGACACAACGCAAUGCCUUCCAUCUCCUGUCGUUUUCCAAGGAGAACCAUCGAUCGCGAGCUGAAGUACUGGACUUCUUGCUUACCUGUGGUGCGACCAUAAACGUCAACGCUGUCGACUGCAACGGUGAGACGCCGUUGAUGUUGUACGCGUCGCUAGGGCACCUCGAGUUCAUGCAGAAGCUGCUGCAACAUGGCGCGGACCUGCGACUGACCAACAAUCAAGGCCAGAAUGUGCUGCAUCGCGCGUGUCAACAAGACCAAGUGGAGAUCUGCGGCUUCUUGCAGCAACUUAUGCUCAAAGACUCCAUCGCAGAGACGCCUAUACCCGAGACGAUGGCGUCUUUCGUCCCGACAGCACUCACGCUGCACACACCCGACAAAUCGGGUCGGUAUCCACUGCAUUAUCUCGCUGGAAUGGGGUUCGUCGAGUGUGCCAAGCAGUUGAUCGUGCUCACCGAAGCGAAUUUCGAGUGGAAUCGUCUGCUCCAUGCGCACGGCGACGCAGACGGCCGCACAGCACUGCACUUGGCUGUUCUCUCGCAUGAUGUGGCUAUGACUGCUUUCCUCUUGACCCCUGGAGGAGGCUGCGACGUCCAUGCUGUCGACGAGUUACAUCGGUCUGCCGUGCACUACGCAGUGGACUCGAACGCUGCGCUUCAGCUGAUGACUCGCUUGGUGCAACAUGGAGCCAACGUGAACGUCGCCGACGAACGAGGCGACACGCCGCUGCAUUGGGCGGCGUUUGCAGGUCGUGCUACAGUGACCCAGACCUUGUUAUCCCUUGGAGCUGACCCGACGUGGAGUAAUUGCGACUGGGAGACGCCGGCGCAGAUCGCUGCCGCGUAUGGCCAACUGGAAUGUAUGCGGCUGCUGCUUCAAGCACAGCGGAAAGCUGGCGCUGCGGAACAAGAGAAACUUAAACGUCCAGCGAGUGAGAAGACGGCGCUGGAGAGACUGGAGGAAGCUGUGCAGGAGCUGCAUCAGCGUCAGGCGUCCAUGCACUCGUUUCGUGUUGAUCAAGACGCGUCUCCUCUAGUCGAGCAAGCACAAACAGGGUAUUGGGAGGAGCUGCAUCAAGACGUGCAGCUCGUGGAAGAGAGCGGGCAGUUCUCGUCCGAAGACGAGCAGGAGUUUCUCUUCGACUGA